CUCCUUUUUGGAGGGUCCUCAAGGAAUUCUCUCUGAACUUUCCACAGGUUCAAAGGCAGUGCACUCCUCCCUGAGCCAAGUUCAGGGCACCCUCAGGGCUGCGUAGGGGAUGGCAGGAGAAGACAAUGGAUCCAGCAGCAGGGCAACCACAGAAGACCAGAGCAAAGAGGAGUCAACUGAUGACCAAGAGGAGUUGACUGAUGAGGAGGAGUCAGCUUACGGAGAGGAGUCGACUGACGACGAAGAGGAGUCGGCCGAAUGUUCAAGCACGUCAAAGAAAAUAAGGGAGAAAUUGCCAGUGCCAUCACAAAGCCGUUUCCUUUCUUUAUGAGCCUCCGAGACCGCGGCUUCAUCUCUGAGCAGAAGUUUCAGACUUCUCAAAAAAAAUGCAAGAACCUGGAUGCAGUGGGAAAAAUGGUAUAUGACAUCCUCAGUGACCUGCAGAAAAAGUUUAGCUUGCCGCUUCUGCAAGUGAUAUUCAGCACAACACAUCUGAAGGCCUACCCAGACUUAAAGGAGACUAUGAGGAGCUUCCUAGAUGGGAUCUCCAUGAAGUCCAUACAGAGUGAGGAUGGGGACUGGUACACACCCCCUGAGUUUGAAAUCCUGGGAGGCUAUGAAAAAUCAAGGAACUGGCAAUUGAGUCUGCGCUGCUACGACAGACCCCUGAAAUUCCUGAUCCAGAAUCAGUACCAUGAAGAUUCUGGUGCCAAGUUCUGCUGCCAGCUCAAGAUGUGGCCUGGCCCCUCUUGA